AUGCCCCCCCUCCGCACUCCCCUCUUUGCCAUCGCGAUGAACGUCCGCCGUGCCGAAAAAAAUGCUGGUGGCCUGCAGUGGCAACUUGUUAUCGGUAUCGUAGCUGGUUUCCUGUCGAUUCUGUCCGUCAUCUAUCUCCUUCACUUAUUAUUCCAGCCCCGUUUAAACAUCCACCGUCGCGUCUUCGGAUAUGUGCUGCCGUUAGGCAAUCACCGUGCCUCGAAUUCUGUUACUGAAAGUGAGACGUCGAAUUCGUCACCCGACCUCUCGAUGGCGGCGACUCCCGCUCUUCCUCCUCCUUACACAGCAAGACCAACCACAGCUUCCUUCUACGCAGUCCCAAUUCCACCUCAGUCGCACCAGAGAGAGCCAGUACGCCACCCGCGGAAGUGCCACCCUGCGCCGCGACGCCACGUAGAUGAGCCCAUUGCAAGGGGAUGA